AUGCAACACCAAGAUAAACUUCUCCUAGAUGCUGCGAGUGGGGGAUCAUUGACCAAAAACAAGACCGCAACAAAGGCAUGGGAAGUUAUAUCAGACCUCGCUGACCCAACUCAACACUCCCGGGCAAGGACUCCACAUCCAAAAGCGUUGAGUGAAGUUUCUCUUUCCGGAGAUGCUAUUCUGACUAAGACCCUCAGUGAAAUGACGAUCUUGUUGCAUCAAAUCACCCAAGGUCAACAAAUCCCUCAAGCUUUGAUAAAUGCUCCACCACAACCUCCUAGGAUUGAAGGACCACCAAGGAUAUGUGGUGCUUGUGGUUGUACUACUUAUUACACCGAUGAGUGCCCUCAAAUCCAAGAGGACACUACAUUGGCAGUUGCUAACCCUUAUCCACAAAGGACCAAUUACAACCAAGGACCCUACCAACAUGGAGGUAAUCAAAACCAAGGAUGGAGAGAUAACUCAAACCAAAGUGGUACUAAGUUGGACAAGAAUGUGGCUAUACCCGCAAAGGCGAGUGAGAAGACCAAUAAUGAUGAGGUAGGAGAAGAGGUGGAGAUGACAAAGGGUGAAGAUGAAAAAGUUGACAAAAGUGAGGAGGAGCCACCAAAAGUCAAGGAGCCAAAGAGAAAGACCUUGCUUGAAGAGCCUUCACCCAUUCCAUUCCCAACUUUGGCCAAGAAGGCAAAGAAGCAAGAAGAUCUUGACUCCACUUUGGUGGAAGUUUUUAAGAAAGUCGAAGUUACCGUCCCUCUCUUUCAAGCCAUUCAACAAGUGCCGAAAUAUGCCAAGUUCCUUAAAGAUGUGUGCACUCACAAAGACAAGCUUGGAAAUCUUAACGAAAAGCCGGUAGAUGAUUCUAUUUCUUCUUUGCUUCCUGAAAAAUGUAAUGAUCCUGGCCCAUGUUUGGUGACUUAUUUGAUUGGUGGGAUUAAGUUCAUAGAUUGUAUGUGUGAUUUGGGAGCGUGUGUGAGCAUCAUGCCACUGCCCGGUUGCUUUUUUCCGGUUGAUUUCCACAUCUUGGAGACUCCACCUAUUGAUUCGACUAACCCAUCAACAAUACUCCUUGGAAGGCCAUUCUUGAAGACGACCCGUUUCAAGCUAGACGCACACUCGGGAGUCUAUUCUUUUGAGUCGGAUGGAAAGUUAGUCAAGUUCACCCUGGAGGAGUCCAACAAACCCAUUCUUAAGGCCUACUCCAUUUUUGGGUGUGACAUAGUUGAAGACAAAGUGAUUGAGGAUAUCAAGGAACAAGGAAAAGAGGAGGUUGCCAAGAAGUCAAAUUCAAAGGAUCAUGCUCAACCCAAGAAUGCCAAGGAGUUAGAGAUUUUCCUCCUUGGGGAAGUUCCUAAGUGA